CCGGCGUGCGCCGCGGCACGGGGCCGCGUCUGCGCGGUGAGCGGGCAGCGGGCGAGCUGGAGACCCAAACAGUGAGGGGCUGAUCGGCGUUUGCGGAGGCUCCGGGCGGCCUUUGGAGGCGGUAAUGUCCCCCUGGGCCUGCUUAUAAAGGCUGUGCUGUAACCUACACCCUCAGAGAGCAUUAGCACUGCCUGACUGGCACCCAUGGAAAUGGCUCACAUUCGAGACUUCAGUAUACAGUCAUGUCAAUGAGAUGCCCAUCAGCGCGAGGUCGCUUCCAUGUGUUCACAUUCUUGGUGGCAGGUGCUCAGGGUUGGACCAGCCCUGUCGUCACCCUCGAAGGAUUCUCUGAUUGACGUAAUGCCCGCAUGGAUCCUGAAGAGCUCUUUACAAAGCAGGAGCGGAUUGGGAAAGGUUCAUUUGGUGAAGUGUACAAAGGAAUAGAGAACAGAAGUAAGGAAGUUGUGGCAAUUAAAAUCAUUGACCUAGAGGAGGCAGAAGAUGAAAUCGAAGACAUCCAGCAGGAGAUUACAGUGCUUAGCCAGUGUGAUAGCCCGUAUGUCACAAAGUACUAUGGCUCUUACUUAAAGGGCACAAAAUUGUGGAUAAUCAUGGAAUACCUGGGUGGAGGCUCUGCGUUAGACUUACUGAAACCAGGCCCUCUGGAGGAGACUUACAUUGCAACAAUCCUACGAGAAAUCCUUAAAGGUUUAGACUAUCUACACUCAGAACGGAAAAUUCAUCGAGACAUUAAGGCUGCUAAUGUAUUACUGUCAGAGCAAGGUGACGUGAAACUUGCAGACUUUGGGGUUGCUGGCCAAUUAACAGAUACACAGAUAAAGAGAAACACUUUCGUGGGGACGCCCUUCUGGAUGGCACCAGAAGUCAUCAAGCAGUCUGCAUACGACUUCAAAGCAGAUAUCUGGUCCCUUGGAAUAACUGCAAUUGAAUUAGCGAAGGGCGAGCCCCCUAAUUCAGAGCUGCAUCCAAUGCGAGUUCUUUUCCUGAUUCCUAAGAACAAUCCCCCAACUCUGGAAGGAAACCACAGCAAGCCCUUCAAAGAAUUUGUAGAGGCCUGCCUAAACAAGGAUCCCAAAUUUAGACCAACGGCAAAGGAGCUCCUGAAACACAAAUAUAUCCAGCGCUAUACGAAGAAAACUUCCUACCUAACGGAGCUGAUUGACCGCUACAAGCGCUGGAAGUCGGAGGGUCAUGGCGAGGAGUCUAGCUCUGAAGACUCUGACCUGGAGGCUGAUGCAGAUGAGCGGGAUCAGUGCCCAGUUUGGACUUUCCCCACUGUACGUCCCAGCACCUUAAGCAAGCUUCAGAACGGAAUGCCCGUUCCAAGUUCUCAGAAGAAGCCCUUGGAGCCCAUGAAACGACAGCCAAAAUCAAAGUGCUUGACGACGCUGGUCAACCCCAUGUUCAGAGAGCUACAAGAAAAGCACAAAGUCAGCGGCGGGAACCUGGGUGCCAUUGAAGAGCUAGAGAAUGCUUUUAACCUGGCAGAGGAGUCCUGUCCGGGCAUUUCGGAUAAACUGGUAGCGCACAUGGUGGAGCGGGUACGAAGGUAUUCGCUAAGCGGAUCCAGCAAGAAUUCAGCGCGGUGAAGAUCUCGGCACCUCCAGGGGCUUCCCAAGUGCCCCGUGACCCAGCACCCAACAACACCCUCCUGCUGCAGUUAGGAAAGCCUGUGGCUGCUGAUGCCAGUGCUUCAUGGACAUGGCAACGAGACUCGAUCACACUGUUGGAUCAGAACUAAAAAAACCUUUUACUUUUGACGCUGCUGCCAUGAGGGGUGGCACCAAAUAAGAGGGGUUGAUAUUUUUUUUGUUUUGAUUAGAAGUUAUAAUAUUUUUACAUUUUCUUUAUAUACAGAGAAGGUUAAUUGGUGCAUAUCAAGCUGUAUUAGUAGAAAUGUACUAUGUGAAAAAGAGACAGUACCUCUUUUGCUUGCCUGUCUAGGUUUUGUUUCAGAAUUCAAGGUCAAUUUUUUUUAAUGGUUUUAAAAAUAAAUCCACCAUGUAUAAGGGUGCAAGAGCAUGGAUUAAAUGCAUUCAGGAUAGAGGAUCCUAUGCAGUGGAUAACCUUCCCCAAGCUACUCCUUUUAAGAUGAGACCACAUUGUGCUGCUAGUUAAAAUGAAGCAAUUAGGUGAAGUAGUGAGAGGAGUUGAUGGUGGUGCUUAUUCCAGACUUAGUUAGUCAGGUCACACCCUCAUUUGAAAAAUUCCUCACUCUUAAGGGCAGUCUGGCAACACAGUCAAUAUGUGUCUUGCCUCUUGAGUCUGAAGCCUGUGUCUUUCAAUCACUACAACCUCACUGGCCCCAUCAAGGGAGGUUUCUCAGAAGUGUGGCAACCUGCUGGAUGGAGCCCUGCACUGAAGCAAGGCUUACCUGACUCUUGAGUGGUACCGAGUUGCAGGAGGAGAUUCAGGUCAGCAAUUGAAAAGACUAGCUCAGACUGGCUGGACAGGAGAAUUUGUGAGAUGCAGAAAGGGGUGAAAAAGCUUUUAUUUUAAAAAAAACUAACAUGAAACUCCAUCAGUGACAAGAAUGUUACUCUUGAUGAUAAUAAUAUGGUUAAUCACUCAGUCUAAACCAACACUAUAGCUGCCCUCCAAUUACAGAAACAUGACCCUACAUCUUUCUUAAGGCCCCAAUUUACUGAGACCUGCAGAAGUGAUUCUGUCUCUUUCAAGAACAGUUCCACAGUGUUAAAAGGUGGGGUUGUCUGAAAGGGUUCAGUUUAUAUUUGUGUUCAGUAGAGCAAAGCACACCCAUCAGGGAUUAAGCCAAGGCUCUCUGUCCUUGUUUUUCUUCUCCCUGUUCAGUGCUGGAGAUCAAGGUAAUACCCCCAGACCUGGAAUCUCAAUGUCUGGGGGAGAUCUGGCCUGAAGUGUUACUCGAGCAAAAAAAACCAAUGGACCAUAAGUUACUCAUUGGAUUGUACAGAAAUUUAAAAUUGGAUGUCUGAAAUCCAAAUCUGGAACUGCCUCUGCGCUGGCCUUCACUUUGAACCCUUUGUUUCCAAACAUUGAGCAGUGGCAGUCAGUGGCCUGUAGACAGUUAGAUGUUUAUGGACAGAUUUAAGAGAGAGAUUCCUAAAAUGUUUUGCUUCUGUCCCCAUCCACUCCAAUUUGUACUAUCAGUACUCCAGAGAACAGGAAUUUGUAGGCGUGUUGAAGAAGUGUUACUAUAACCCACUUUACAGCAAGUGAGUUGCUGUCGCCAAUGGCUCUCCAUGUUCUGGGGUACCUUGGGAAGUGUCUUCAGUCUUUGAACCAUUGUUGGCCAAUGUCUUUAAUGGCAUUGACAUGGACUUUCCUACUGGAUAAAUAGGGGUAACGUUAGCAGGAUGUGUUGACAAAAUGAGCUUUGAGCUCUGGUGAUGCAGUUUUUAUCCAUCUAAUCUAAAAGGAAGUUUCUUUGUCGCACUUCAUGUAGCUGACAGCAAUUACCAUAAUUUCCUGUAUCCCACCUUAAUUUGUGUUUUUUUUUAAAUCUAAAGUACACAAAUGUUUCAUUGUGCAAGUAGGAAACAUUCAGUUUAGAUUCUGUUGUAUAACUUGGGAUCAGUAUUAAUUCUGAAUGGAUCCUCUGUGCGGCCUAAAAAGGCAAAGCAAGUUAGAUGGGUUGUUUUGCUUUUACACCUUGCGUUAGGAAGAGAAACAAAAUGACUGAUGAUACCACCAUGAAAUAUGGACAGCCGUAUUGUUCUGCUAGUACAAUGGAAGCUUGAUACAAAUGCCAUGAUGUAGCAACUAGGAGGAGACAGUGAAAGGGCCCAAGUGGAACAAGUGAGGGUCACAUUAUUUGGGAGGUUGGGGGAAUAGAUAUAGGAUCUCGAUAACCCCCUAUACAGAUAACAAUUUUAGCAAAUAAAAAAAGACUUUGAACAGUAUUAUCCAAGAGUGGACAGAGUUAGUAUUAAGGCCUGGGAGUAACUGGGAUACCGCAGCUGUAUGUAAAGGGAAAAAGAAGUGUGCACACCAGUUUUAAAGGUACUUUUGGUAUCAUCCAGAUAAAGAACUGACCAACAUCAAAACCUGCAGUGGUAGCAUUCCUGUCAGGAUCUCCCAGCAUGACUGGCAAAUCCCUAAUAAGACGGCGUGAAGGGACAUUUGCCUUGGUGUUACAGCUAGAGAUAUUGGAAAACCCAUCCUGGUGUGUUUUUAGAAUUUGGUUUGCUAUUGGGCACAAAAAAUGAUUCAAAAAAGUCGUUUGCUGGCUUCACCUUUCAUAAAAAGCCUCUCUAUCUUUUGGGACUCUGGGUCUGCCAACCUGCUGUUCCAAAUUCCAGAUACCUGCACCUCAUUGGUGACUUAGAUACGUCUCAAUUAGUUGAUACUCUGUGCCCCCUCACUGUGUCCCCAAUUAGACCCGCCAUUUGAAUGGAUGAAGGAGUGAACAUAAAGAACUCUAGUUUUUAAAACUCCAUAGCCAUGUCAGUGAAACUGGGGAUUGUGUUCCUGUAUGUCCAGUGUUUGUAUACUGCGUGUAUUAACAGUGUACAAGUGCACAUCUGGUCCUUGCAACCCAUUUAUUACCUAUUUUAAAGUCCAGUUUAGGUUUGGUUGUAGUUAUUUAUGGUGAAGGAGGGUAUCCGUGCUCUUGGAGCUGCGGAUCGUGUUUUAUAUACAGUGUAAUGGACAAGAAUAAAAUAUAAGAAUGGA